GAGAAAAAAGACUGGGGGGAGGGGUGGAAGGAAGGGUGCAGGCAGGGGAGGGGUGUCAGAAGUUCUAGCUGAUCGGAUGGCCACCCCUCACAUUGCCCACGCAGCAGGUCCAAUAGUCCAGGUACUAGACUAAGAGGGCAUCUGGGCUCCCUGCCCCCUUCCCCCACCAUGGCCAAUGCUCUGGGAUCAAGUGGUAACACUUCUCUGAGCCUCAGUUUCCCCUUCAGCAAAAAGAGGUAAAUAGAAGGGGAUGAUGAUGGGCAGAGGAUGAGUAAAGCUGGACAGGAGAACGGGGGCUCCUGCAGCAGCAAGCCCUGAGGCAGGGCUUCAAAGUUCAGCAGCAAGUACUUUCUGGCAGCCAGAGAAGGUGCUCAGGGCAUGUCCUUUCCUGGAGGUCUCUGUAGGCAGGUCACCUCUUCGCUUCAGCCUAAGAGGCACUGGGCAGGGACUCUCCAGGAGUCGAGGAAUUGGAUGCCCCCAUCAGCCUCCCUGUGUCCCUAGUCUCCGCAUUUGCCCUGUACUCCGCCCUUGGGGAAGGACGUGCCCUGUUCUUUCCACCCAUGGUUGGGAUGGGAGAAGCCAGGAAAUAGGCAGUUCCUUCCUGGCCAGGGGAGACAGGGCCCAGGAACCGCUGCUUUCCAGGCUGGAGCAGGAGUCCCUCCCUCUCGCCCUCCCCUCCUAUCCCUCGCAACCCCCACCCCUUCCCUCUGUCACUCUCUGGCUGGGUUUCAUUUGCUUCUCACUCUGCGCUCAGCAGAGCCUCCAAAGGCAGAGAAUGCUCUUGGCUGGCCCAGCCUCCAGCGCCCCCAGCCCCCUGCUGGCCUCCUUGCCCUUGCCCGCCAGGCCUCUGCAGCCCACGCUGGACUUCAAGCACUUGCUCGCCUUCCACUUCAAUGGCGCCACCCCGCUCAGUCUCUUCCCCAACUUCAGCACGAUGGACCCGGUCCAGAAAGCUGUCAUCAGCCACACGUUUGGGGUCCCCUCCCCUCUGAAGAAGAAGCUCUUCAUUUCCUGUAACAUCUGUCACCUGAGGUUCAACUCAGCGAACCAGGCUGAAGCACAUUAUAAAGGCCACAAACACGCCAGAAAACUCAAGGCUGUUGAAGCCGCCAAGAGCAAGCAGAGGCCGCAAACCCUGUCCCAGGAGGGGACGCUGGUGUCCCCAACCCCGACUCCAGGCAGCGACGCCCCAGGAGAGCCACAGAGCAAAGUUCCUGCAGCCCCUUCUCCUGGCCCCCAACUCCAGCCACCACUGACUCCAGACCCUGCGCCCAGGGAGCCAGCCCACUCAGACCUCUUGGAUGCUGCCUCCUCUUCCUCUUCUUCCUCCUGCCCACCCUGCUCCCCAGAGCCUGGGAGAGAGGCACCAGGGCCUGAGCCACCUGCGGCUGCUGUGGACAGCGGUGCGAGGGGGGAAGGCAGGAACGAGAGGGGGCGCCUCUACUGCCCCACGUGUAAGGUGACAGUGAACUCCGCCUCCCAGUUGCAGGCUCACAACACAGGAGCCAAGCACCGGUGGAUGGUGGAAGGUCAGCGAGGGGCUCCCCGAAGAGGCCGGGGCCGCCCAGUGCCCCGAGGAGGAGCCGGACACAAGGCCAAGAGAGUGACAGGGGGCCGGGGAGGCCAGCAGGGGUCCAGUCCCCCUUUUCACUGUGCACUCUGUCAGCUUCAGGUCAAUUCAGAGACCCAACUCAAGCAGCACCUGAGCAGCAAGAGGCACAAAGAUCGCCUGGCCGGGAAGCCCCCCAAGCCCUCCAGCCAGCACAGCAAGCUACAGAAGCACGCAGCGCUGGCUGUGAGUAUCCUCAAGUCUAAACUGGCCUUGCAGAAACAACUGACCAAGACACUGGCAGCCCGCUUCCUGCCCAGCCCGAUCCCCACCACAGCCACAGCCAUCUGUGCCCUGCCAGGGCCCCUGGCCCUCCGGCCUGCCCCUACAGCAGCCACCACCCUCUUCCCGGCUCCGAUCCUGGGCCCAGCUCUGUUUCGUACCCCAACAGGAGCUGUCCGCCCUGCCACAGGACCCAUCGUCUUUGCCCCGUAUUAGCCCCUGGGGGAGGCGAGGGCUGAUGUCCCAGCAUUCGCCCUCCCCUUCCAACUCUCUGCGAGAUGCCUCGGUUCCCUACAUCCCACUAAGGACCCCCUUUUACAGCCUAGGGGUUCUGCCUGAUCCAGGAGGAGCCGGCUAGUUUUAAGGGCAGCUGUGCUUCACACAGUCUGGAGAUUGAACGAAUCCCCUCCCCACCCGCAACCUAAGGACCAUCCAUCCCCACCCUCCUUUCCCUGGCCUUCCAGGGCUUGUCUUGGCCUCCCCUGUCCUUCCCAGCCUGACUUAGGGGGAGCAAACUGAGAAAUCCCCAAGAUCUAUGCAAAACCCUAGCCCCAGCCCCACGGUGCUCUCAUUUCCCCUACUCAAGACCUAUACUCACAUAGCAGAGGCCCUAGGAAUCUAAACUCCUUCCAGCCUGGGUACAAGGCUGUGACCUCUACUCUCAUGCCCCAGGAAGGAGGCCCUCCCCAUUCACUGGCUUCUCUGGAGAAUCACGGGAGAUGAGGGACAGGUCUCAAGCUGGAGUGGAUGCAAGGCUAUCUGGACAGAGACGGUGGAGGCGUGAUGGAAGUCUGUGGAGGAGAAAGGGGGCAAUGCUAAGGUGGGGCCAAAAGCUUUGGGGGCUUCAUCUGCUCUGACAGGAUGGGGCUAGGAUAGGAGCAGGUGAGGGGGAUGUUCUGGCUGGGCCCAGUUUUAAUAGAGGAAGUGAUGAAUCCCACAAAAGGACUCGCCUCUUAGCCUUUCACUGAUUCUUCCUGAACCCCAGCUCUUCGGAGGGGGGGACUGGGUCUCCCUCAGACUAUGGACCCAGCUAACACCGGAUCGCCCCGCCCCCGAGGGCUCCCAAAGAGCUGUCCCCUCCAGCUCCUCACCCCAAACUGGUCCCUAGCACUCAAGGGGUUUCCUUCCUCCAACCUCCACCCCAAGCCCCCUCACUGUGAAGCUAAGCGGUGGGACACAGUCUGAUAUACUCUCAAGACCCAUUUUCGUGCCGUCAAAGUUAAUGCCACAACCCCCAUCCUGCCCAGCACUGACCCCCAAACCCCACAAUAUGGGACUUUGCCAGUAUCCACCUGUAUCAUCUUUUUUCUUUUUUUUAGGUAUUUCCAAUGGGAAAGCAAGAAAAGGGUGGGGGAGGGAAACUUUUUGAUAACGGUUGUGGUUUUAUUGUAUCCAAUGCAUCAAUAAACGAACUUUAAGCGCGA